GACGCUUCAACAUCAUCUUCUCCAGCCAUCAGUUCUAGCGCAGGGCGAUUCGAUUGUGAGAGAAUUCUGUGAAAAUGUUGAGGAUCCCCCGGCGCACGGUUCCGCUCUAAAAAGUGCUGUCCGACGAACAGACUGCUACGCAGAAGGCCUCGCACAAUUGAUGCAUGUCAUCAAAUUUGGAGGAGAGGACCAUGAGAAUUCUGGUUCACCUCAACAACAAGGUCAAGGGAGCACAUCAAAGGGCUACUUAGACGCCAUCCUCGAUCUUGAGGAUACGGAGACUGGCGAAAACACGCACGAAUUCGUGACAUGGGACGAUGCAGAGUCGAAUCUGAGGAGUAUCACUUUUGCAGUGGCAACAGGUUUCUAUAGUCGGCAUCGGGUGAAAUACGUAGUGCAAAAAGCGCGGGAUCAACUAGGCUGCCGGGACGAAUCUGCGCGAGCCUUUCGUCAAUUGGUGUGGGAGGAAUGCGAUUGUGGUGCUGAAGUAGGGGAAGGAGGAGAACUUAGUAGGAGCUUGAGGAGAUGGAGGAAGGAGCAAGAAGAAGUAUCGGCGGCAACUUUAGGCUCGACUUUACAGAUGCCCGAGGAUUCUGAUGCGGAGCGCACAGGAGAGCAUAACCAGGAGGAACAAAUAUCAACCGCCCACUCUACUGCAUCUUCUGCCGCAGCACAACCCCUCGAGCGCCGUUGCAUCCUCAUACUUCGCCAUGGACGUUUCUCAGGUCAGCGACAGUGGACAAACCUAGAUGAAAUCGUACACUAUUUUGAAGAUAAAAUCGGAGUUCAACGAUCGCCAGCCGAGGAUUGUCUCAAAGAAGACCACGAGAUAGCGAAUCCGAGGACUCAACUUGUGAAGCGGGGUGACAACAAGAUUUCACUACAUGUGUUGAGGAUGAUCGAUUUUUAUGGCCUUAAAUAACUGUCGAACUCGUACCUACCUAGAUAGAAGAAGACUCUUCAAUGGAUUCGGAGGCUUUACGUAGACAAACCAUCACAACAAACAUUAGUAGUCGAUAAAGUGAAUCUAUCAAAUCAAAAUCCCAUCUCAUCUCUAACCCUCAACCCCUUGUGACCAAGUCCGCAUUAUGCGCCGUGCGAUUCUAGUAGUUG